UCAUAAAUGUAGGGAAAUAGUCAGGCUGACAAAGAGAAUCUCAGAAUUAGAGACACGCAUCCAAACUUUAAUCGAGGAUAGUAAGAAUGCAAGGGCUUUAGAUACUGUUUUGGAUGCGACUAGCUUAGUGAACUCUGUACAUUGUUCGGUUCCGGCUGUAGAGCCCGCGCAGCAGGGCACUUGGGUAACGAUGAGGCGGCCUAGCCACAGAAAACACCACUCUUCCGUUCCAAUAAGAACAUCAAACAGGUUCUCCCCACUCAGUGAUACACCCACUGAGAAUCCUGUUGAAAGUGCCCUAGUUAUUGGCGAUUCUAUUACACGGAACGUGAAAAUAGAGACACCAGCCACCAUAGUCACAUGUUUGCCGGGAGCCAGAGCACCUGACAUCAAAGCAAAUUUAAAAGUGCUGGCUAAUGCUAAUCGUAAAUACUCUAAGAUUAUUAUUCACGUCGGCACUAAUGAUGUUCGACUUCGCCAGUCGGAGAUCACUAAAAUUAACAUUAAAGAGGUGUGUGAACUCGCAAGUACAAUGUCAGGAGAAGUAAUUUGCUCUGGCCCCCUUCCUGUUCGUCGGAGUGAUGAGAUAGUUAGCAGAUUAUCAUCACUCAAUGGCUGGCUGUCUAAGUGGUGUCAGCAAAAUAAUAUAGGUUUCAUAGACAAUUGGAAAAGUUUUUGGGGCAGACCUGACCUGUUGAAAAGAGAUGGUAUUCAUCCCUCCCGGGAUGGUGCUGCUCUUCUCUCUAGUAAUAUGGCACAUAGUCUUAGAACUGAAACAUGACAAACUGGGGCCCAAGUCAGGAAGCAGACAGACUGGCUAAACCGACCGUCUGCUAGCUGCCUCACGUUACAGAAGUCAGAAAAUUCAGAUAACUCCCAACACAUAGAAACUCUUACACCUAGAUAUUUUCAAAUAGAGACUGUGUCUGUACCCCGAAUUAGUAAAAACAAAAAACUUCCAAACCCAUUUAAUGGUAAAAAUUUAAUUGAUGUUCAACAAAUAAAAAAAUAGAGAUAAUAAUGCUAAACAAAUGAUAAAACUCUGGUUGUUAAAUAUUAGAUCCCUUUCUUCAAAAUCACUUAUUGUUAAUGAUAUUAUCAAAGAUAAUAAUCUAGAUGUGCUGUGUUUGACAGAAACUUGGCUAAAACCGGACGAUUACAUUACUUUAAAUGAGUCUAGUCCUCAAGGUUAUGAUUAUCGACACAAUGCCCGUCAGAAAGGCAAAGGGGGAGGUGUUGCUGUAAUCUAUAGUAAUAUUUACAGUAUUAGUCAAAAGUCUUUCAAAUAUAAUUCCUUCGAAGUGAUGGUACUUUACGUAACAUUAUGUAGGUUGACAUUUGUGCUGGCUACUGUAUACAGGCCACCAGGACACCAUACAGACUUUAUCAAAGAAUUUGCUGAUUUUCUGUCGGAGUUAGUAUUGGCUGCAGAUAAAGUCCUUGUUGUUGUUGAUUUUAAUAUCCAUGUAGAUAAUAAAAAAGACGCAUUAGGAUUGGCAUUUGCAGAUAUUCUAAACUCUAUUGGUGUUAGACAACAUGUGUCAGGGCCCACUCAUUGUCGUAAUCAUACUUUAGAUCUAAUAUUGUCACAUGGAAUCGAUAUUGAUGCUGUUGAAAUUCUGCAGCAGAGUGACGACAUCUCAGAUCAUUAUCUAGUCUCGUGUAUACUACAUUUAGUCAAGGCGGCUAAACUGCCUCCAUGCCAUAAAUAUGGUAGAACCAUCACUUCUACCACUAAAGAUCGCUUUAUAAAUAAUCUUCCUGAUCAGUUUCAUCGCCUUAGCAUACCAGAAAGCCUAGAAGACCUCGAUGUUGUAACAGAAACUAUUGCCUCUGUCUUUUUCAGCACAUUAGACUCAGUUGCUCCUUUGCGCUUAAAAAAGAUUAAGGAAAUUAAUCCAAUGCCAUGGUACAAUGAGCACACUCGGGCCCUAAAGUUAGCAGCCAGAAAAAUGGAGCGCAGCUGGAAGAAAACAAAACUAGAAGUAUUUAAUUAAAAUCUGCUAGAUCUGCUUAUUUUUCAAAACUUUUAGAAGAAAAUAAACAACCCUAGGUAUUUAUUUGAUACAGUGGCUAAAUUAACAAGAAAUAAAGCUUCAACUUCUGAUGUUUCCAAAGAGCACAGCAGUAAUGACUUUAUGAACUUCUUUACUUGCAAGAUUGGUAAUAUUAGAGAAAAAAUUAUAACCAUGCAACCGUCUAUUACAGUAUCGCGUCAGAUAAAAUUCAAUUCAUUUACUGCUUUAGGAGAGGAAGAAUUGUCUAAACUUGUUAAAUCAUCAAAAACAACAACAUGUAUGUUAGACCCUAUACCGACUAAGCUAUUGAAAGAAAUGCUUCCAGAGAUUAUAGAUCCUCUUCUUAAAAUAGUCAAUUAAUCUUUAUCACUAGGACACGUACCAAAAACUUUUAAGCUGGCUAUUAUUAAACCUCUUAUUAAAAAAACACAACUUGAUCCUAGAGAAUGUCAAUUACAGGCCGAUUUCAAAUCUCACUUUUCUGUCAAAAAUACUAGAAAAGGUAGUAUCAUCACAACUAUGUUCCUUUUUUUAGAAAGAAAUAGUAUCUGUGAGGAUUUCCAGUCAGGAUUUAGACCGUACCAUAGUACUGAGACUGCUCUCAUUAGAGUUACUAAUGAUUUGCUCUUAUCAUCAGAUCGUGGUUGUAUCUCUCUAUUAGUGUUACUGGAUCUUAGUGCUGCAUUUUACACUAUUGAUCACAAUAUUCUUUUAAAUAGACUCGAAAAUUAUGUUAGCAUUAGUGGAAUUGCAUUGUCAUGGUUCAAAUCAUACUUAUCUGACCGUUAUCAGUUUGUAGUAGUAAACGAAGAGAUGUCAUAUUGAUCACAAGUUCAAUAUGGAGUACCGCAAGGCUCAGUACUAGGACCGUUGCUGUUCACUCUGUACAUGCUACCCUUGGGAGAUAUCAUUAGGAAGCAUGGCGUUAGUUUUCACUGUUACGCUGAUGAUACUCAGCUCUAUAUUUCUUCGCGCCCUGAGGAAACCAAUUCACAAAAUUAACAGAAUGCAUAGCUGACAUAAAAAAUUGGAUGACCAGUAAUUUCCUACAACUAAAUUCAGUAAAAACAGAGAUUCUUAUUUUUGGACCAAAAACUUCUUCACGUAAUAACCUAGAAUACUGUCUAACACUUGAUGGCUGCUCUGUUAAGUCUCCGUCGUCACUUAGGAACCUGGGUGUGCUCUUUGAUACCAAUCUUUCAUUUGAAGGCCAUGUUACUAGCAUCUGUAAAACUGCAUUCUUCCAUCUUAAAAAUAUAUCUAAACUACGACAUAUGCUCUCAAUGAAAAAUGCAGAACAGUUAGUUCAUGCGUUCAUGACCUCAAGGCUAGAUUACUGUAACGCUCUACUGGGUGGUUGUUCUGCUCGCCUGAUAAAUAAACUACAGCUCGUACAAAAUGCAGCAGCUAGAGUUCUUACUAGAACUAGGAAGUAUGACCAUAUUAGCCCAGUUCUGUCAACACUGCAUUGGCUUCCUGUUAAACAUCGUAUAGAUUUUAAAAUCUUGCUAAUUACUUACAAAGCACUAAAUGGUUUAGCUCCCCAGUACCUGAGCGAGCUCCUAAUUCAUUAUAGUCCUUCACGUCUAUUGCGAUCUCAGAAUUCAGGCCAGCUGAUAAUACCUAGAAUAUCAAAAUCAACCGCAGGCGGUAGAUCCUUCUCCUAUUUGGCACCUAAACUCUGGAACAAUCUUCCUAGCAUUGUUCGGGAAGCAGACACACUCUGUCAGUUUAAAUCUAGACUAAAAACGCAUUUCUUUAACCUGGCAUACACAUAACACAUUACCAAUUUAUAUUUUCAAAUCCGUUAAAGGAUUAUUAGGCUGCAUAAAUUAGGUCAGCCGGAACCGGGAACACUUCCUAUAACACCUGAUGUACUCGUUACAUCAGAAGAAGAAUGGCAUCUACGCUAAUAUUAGUCUUUCUGGUUAUCCCGAGGUUCACCGUAGUCAACCGGAUCCGGGCCGUAUCCAGGUGAGACCAAGGACCUGCGCCUUGACACGACCACAACGCAGCCCUGAAGUAUCAGCAGAGAUUGAGUCAACUAGAUCAUCCACUGUGAGGGCCUCAUCGACACGACAGCCACGACACAGUUCCUCAACAACCGUCCAUACCACCGUGAUGAAUACGAUCCUCAAUUGGAUGGAACUGGAAUAAAUACUUUUAAUGUUGCGAUCCUGUCGGACUUAUGAUAGCUACCUGAAUCGUAACAAAGCACUGUUGGCCAGAGGAGAACUGGCCCCCCGACUAAGCCUGGUUUCUCCCAAGGUUUUUUUCUCCAUUUAAACACCUAUUUGCCACUUGUCUGCCACCUGAUGUCACCUGAUGGAGUUUGGGUUCCUUGCCGCUGUCGCCUUUGGCUUGCUUAGUUGGGGACACUUGACAUUUGAUAUUCAACAGUGCUUUGAUCUGCCUGCAUUGACACUAUUCUUUUAAGAGCUGCUGUGCAGCCAAAUAAUGUACCAGUUAUCAAUGUAAAGCUGCUUUGACACAAUCUACAUUGUAAAAAGCGCUAUAUAAAUAAAGGUGACUUAACCACUCUAAUUUCA